AUGGCGACUUUUGAUAAUGUGUGCUUGUGUAUUUCACUUCUUGCAGCAGGGUGGCUUGCACAUCUCUUCCCAAUCUCCACCGCACAUGAUCGGCCAGUUCACCUCAUCGUCCUUGGUCUCUUCGCAUGUUCCUUCGCCUUAGUGAGCGCAACCAAGGCCCUCCCGCACCUAUUUCAGCCACAAGAGCCACAGAAGGCCGAUUAUGAAGCAGUCCCACUGGAAGAUCUAGGCCAUGCUCUUGAAAGAUUAGAACCCACAAAGAGCAACACCAGACAAGAUGGCAAGGUUCGAAUCUCAGUGUUGGGUGCAGCGGUAGUCGCGCUGUCAUUGCGCAUUGAGCUAUAUCGCCGAAUAGCGAAAGCGACAGAAUGCACUAUCGACAAUGUGGAGGUUUUCCUACCCUUUCUUCUAGCUGGCUAUGAUGCGGCUAGAUCACAGCGACCACUGGUACUAGAUGAAGAGGAUCACCCCGAGAGCAGCAUCUAUGAUGGCAUAGCUAUGGCCCUCCGCCGCUUUGUCCUCAGGCCUCGCACUCGGUAUUUGUUCCCGAUGUUUCUGGUGUCGUAUGGGGCCUUCCUUGCACAAGGGCUGUGGAGCUCUUCGAAUUCGACCUAUAUUUGUCCGAUUGUGACUAGCGAGCAUAGGGUUGUUCCAGCGAUGCAAAUCGUUGCUCUAUUACUCGACCUCUGCCUUGCGAUCCUGGCCUACGAAAGUUCUCCCAAGAGCAAUGGUCGUGGCCUUCCAGGACGGAGAUAUGCAGUGCUUUGGAGCUCUACCCUGAUUGCGACAGCCGUAAUCUGGUCGAUCGUGGCUGCGAUCGUGUAUGUAUUCAAGCCAGAAUACAGAAACUGGCUUCUCCUGCUUCGCCCGCCCGUUGAGUUUGGUACAUUUCUGACUAUGUUCGGGCAUAUCUUGCUCUUCUGUCUUUUCUGCAUCACGACUUUGCAUUGUAUCAUGAUUUAUGGCGCCUUGGACAUGUCGCUCUAUUUGACGGCUCUAAUGACAAUGAUACCAGGAUUCGAGUUUAUUUGGACUCAUCAAAAUCCCUUUCCUCCAGCCCCGCUGUCUGCAAGUACCCUUUCCUUUUUCCUCGUCUUUGGGGGUUGGUUGGCGUAUCGACGCGGCCAGCAAUUUGUGGGCGAAAGGACGCCACUUUCUGCCUUUCGACAGACGUUAAUGUUCCUCCUUUUAUGCAUCUUGGUCUUCCCAGCUUUGUGGAAGAGUAGCUAUGUGCACUAUCAUCCGAUAGAUAUGCUGAUCUACGACGCUAAAAUCCACCACGAUGACUACUUGCAAUCUGUGGGAAGCACCUCUUCACUUGCUGAUACCGUCGCUCGGUACAAGCAGAGGUACAACCGCAACCCUCCACCUGGAUUUGACGUAUGGUUUGAAUAUGCCAAGAACAAGUCUGUUCUCAUCGUGGAUGACUUUGACCAGAUCUACGAAGAUCUGUUGCCAUUUCGCACCAUCCCAGCAGCCUCGCUGCGGAAACAAACCUGGGAGAUGGUUUCCAACCCCUGGAACGAGAUAUCUGGCAUCACAAUCCGCAAUGGUAACGCGGCUGUCCAAGACAACGUUAUACCCACGCAUCGAUGGAUGCUUGAAGGUGUUGCUAUCCUCAUCAAUAGCUUUGCUCGCUACCUGCCUGAUAUGGAUCUCGCCUUCAACAUCAACGACGAGUCGAGAGUUGCCGUGCCGUACAAUGAUAUCACUCGCCUCAGAGACAAGGCUCGGGCUGAAGACAAAAGCGGCGGAGAAGGCUUCUCUCGCGAUCGUACAUCUGGCUGGUUGCCGAUCCCGGAAAAUGUACUCACCGACACCAUUUUUGAAGACAUGUCCUUCCGUAAUACCUUCCGCGCGUUCGGUUCCGUGGGGUGUCCUCCGUCAUCCUCUGCUCGAAAGUAUCAACACAUCUAUUCCCAAGCUCAUGUCUGUGGACCUUGUGUCGCCAAGCAUUCGCUGGGACAGUUCGUCAGCAACUGGUCAGACGCAGCUGAUAUAUGCCACCAACCCGACAUGGCGUAUUUGCAUGGCUUCUACCUUUCUCCGGCCGCGUUCAAGGCAAGCCAUCAACUCAUGCCAGUAUUUUCGCAGUCAAAGCCCCGCGGGUACAACGACAUUCUAUAUCCCAGCGCCUGGAAUUACAUGGACAAGGUGCGUUACGAACCUUCCGACUCAAAAGGUGUUCCAGAAGAGGAGGGCUAUAUCCCGGGAAAUCCAGAUCCGCCAUUUGACCAAAAGGAGAAUGUUCUGUUUUGGCGAGGCGCCACCUCUGAAGGCGUGUCGAGUGGUGACCACUCUUGGCGAGGUAUGACGAGACAGAGGCUUGUGCAUAUGGCCAACAACCUCACAAUGUCCUCGCAUGACCGAUUUGCCGUCCUAUUGCCCAACCCGACCAAUUAUGAAAAGUACAAAUACCAGCUUCUUGACGGACCUGCGGCAAAAGAGCUGGGAUUGAAGACCGAUAUUGCCAUCGUCGAUCGUAUUGCGCGUUGCGGUGGAGUUGGACUACACGACUGUACUGAUCAGGAGGCCGAGUUUGGGCUGGUCGGCCCAAGUGAUUUUCAGGCGCACUGGCGGUAUAAGUUCCUUUUCGACCUGGACGGCGCCGGGUUCUCUGGGCGAUUCCUACCUUUUCUGCAAUCCAGAAGUCUGCCAUUCAAGACGGCGCUGUUCAGAGAGUGGUAUGACAGUCGGUUGACAGCAUGGUUACAUUUUGUGCCCCAGGAUAUCAGACUACACGGGGUUUGGAGCACGUUGGCAUACUUUGCAGGCGUCAAUGGGACCAUGUUUGGUCAGCGAAUUAGGUGGAAAGGCCACGAUAAAGAGGCGGAGUUGAUCGCAGAAGAGGGCAGGAAAUGGGCAUCAAAGGUGCUCAGAAAGGAAGAUAUGGAGGUCUAUUUCUUCAGACUCUUGCUUGAAUGGGGACGCUUGACUGAUGACAAGAGGGAUGAACUUGGGUUUGUGCUUGAGUGA